AUGAAGUUACGCAUCUCGUGGGACGAUUCUAAUGACGCUUUCGCGGUCAAGGUGUACACGCACAACAUCAGAUACGCGGCCGACCCGGUAUCAGAAGGCGAAGAGCCCUGGUCCACUCGCAAAAUGCGAGUCGCGUCCUCGAUCCUGUUCAACACCUUCAACGCCUCCAGCCUGGUCUUACUCCAAGAAGUCCUGCACGAGCAACUGCACGACAUCCUCGACCUUCUCAACCGCGCGUCUCCGGGCGACAAGUGGACGUACUGCGGCGUGGGACGCGACGACGGCAGCACGCAGGGUGAGUACGCGCCCGUGCUGUUCCGCAGCUCGCAGUUCGAGGUCGCGCUUAACCGCACGUUCUGGCUCAGCGAGACGCCGGAUGUGCCUAGUAAAGGGUGGGACGCGGCGUCGAAGCGGAUAGUGAACGUGUCGCUUUUGAAGCAUCUGCAGAGCGAGCGGUUGGCGUACGUGCUCAACACGCACUUGGAUGAUCAGGGCGUGGUUGCGCGGAAGGAGGGAGCGAAGUUGAUUAAUAGGAUUAUCAGCGGCUUGGAAGGGCAUGACAUCUUGAUCCUCGGAGGUGACUUGAACUCUGAGCCGGAGGAGGACGCGUAUCAGGUCUUGACUGAGAAGCUGAAGGACGCGAGUACAUUGAUCACGGGUGAGGUGACGGGGUACGGCAACGAGCACACGUUUACCGGAUUCAAGGACAGCGAGCGCAAGAAGACGAUCGAUUACAUCUUUGUCUACAACGAUACCUCUGUUUCGAGCUAUGGCGUUCUUCCUAAUCGCUUUGACGACGGCGUGUAUUCCAGCGAUCACCGUCCCGUAAUCGCGAAUGUCAUUAUUGAGAAGCGCGAUUGA